GACUGGGGGGGGGGGGUUGAAGCGUUGAUGCCGAGCUUCGCUGCAGUUCACUUCAUCCGCGAAAGUCUGGGGGGGACUGUCUCAUUUGUGUUGUAUCGCGGAGAACGAGACCAUUUCAUCUUUCCGAGUUAAUUAUCUCCCGUACAACGGUUCUCCCGUAGGCUGGAGAUGUCUCGUUACCGUGAGUGGGAUCUGUCGUGCAAGGUUUACGUUGGGAAUCUAGGCAGUAGUGCCAGUAAACACGAGAUCGAGAGUGCAUUUAGUAAGUAUGGCCCAUUGAGAAAUGUGUGGGUAGCCAGAAAUCCACCUGGCUUCGCAUUUGUGGAGUUUGAAGACCCGCGAGAUGCCGAGGACGCAGUGAGGGGACUGGAUGGGACACGUUGCUGCGGUACUAGAGUGAGAGUCGAAAUGUCAUCUGGGAGAAGUCGCCGCGGCGGCGGUGGUCGCAGGCCAGGUCCGCGAUAUUCUAGGUCCAGGUCGCGCAGCCCCCGUAGGAAAUCCCUUGGUCGCUUGAGAUCCCGGUCGAGAAGCCCGCGGAGAUCGUCGCCCAGCCGUUGCUCCAGGUCGAGAUCUCGCAGUCCACGCAGGAGAUCGUUGAGCCGAAGCCGCAGCCGAGAUCGCCGCUCACGUUCGGAUUCCCGUGACAGACGUUAGAUGCUAAAAGUUCAAGAGAAAGAGAGAGGGAGAGGGGGAGAGAGGGGUAAAGAGAGAAAGAGAGAGAAAAAGAGAGAAAAAUCGGACCGUUUUGUGUCUGGAUGGAAGAACAGACAAAGAUAAAACGAGAAACAAUUUUGUAUGUACAUAUAAUAAAACUUGAGUGUGAUCACACAUACAUACACGCUACACGCUCGUAUUUGAAAUUACGACAAUGCUAAAAAUGUAACGGAAAGCGGAAUAAAAGACAUUUCAGCGGAUUUUCUGAAUGCUAUGCAAAUUUAGUCUGUAAGCUAGAUUUCUCGUUUCACUAUUAUAUAUGUACGCGUAUCACAUAAACGGUAAAUUGAUGCACGUUAUAGCACGCAUCAUCAGAGAGAAUUUUCAGCAUUGUAUUGUUUAAUCCUACUAAAGUAUGUGUUAGUUAUACAGCAUCAAAAUAUUUGUCACUACUUCUAAGAUUUUUGAUUAUAAUUAAUAUCAAUAAUUAUAGGUGAAUCGUCAAAUAGCUCCUGUUUGAUUGAAAAAGAGUGCAAAUUAAUUGUUUCCUUGUAUUGUUCGUUUUGUAUAUGUAUUGGAAAUCCAAAACAAAUAAACGUGUAAGUGUGUAAAA